AUGUCACUAACAACCCCUCUUACAGAGCACAAGGCCUUCUUCCUUGAGAAAGUCGGAGCAUUCAAACCAACGACAGGGAAGAAUAACAAUGGCAAUGAGAGCGAGAAUUCCUCAGACACGACCAUCGGAGCGAGGAUACGGCCAAUAUUACCCCAUGAGCAAGCUGCUGGCCAUGUUCCCGGCAUAUUCGCUCGCGACGAUGGAAGCGCAGAAGUCGACGUACAUGAGCUGCGGCUCAAGGUUAACGGACGGCCGGCAUUGAAUUCGUCUAGCUUCCUCGUCGAUCGAGCAUACGGGCCGGAGAGCACGACAAAGUCGAUGUAUGACGAUUUUGUCGCUCCCUUGGUGCCAUGGGCAUGGGGCGGUGGUGUUGGAACUUUCUUCGCCUAUGGUCAAACAGGAUCUGGAAAGACGUUCACCGUGAAUGAAAUGGAAACAUUCAUCGCAUCAGACUUGUUGGGUGGAAAUAUUCCCGGGCGACGCAGCAUUCAUAUGUCCGUGUUUGAGCUGGCAGGGAAAGCGGCAUUUGACCUCCUUAACGACAAACACCGGGUUAGCGUCCUGGAAGAUGCCUUUGGGGAGACCCAAUUGGUGGGCAUAGUCGAGCGAACUCCUUCGACGAUCGAGCAGUUCCUCGACCUGAUCAAGACAAGCAUGUCGUUCCGGCUGAGCGCCCCAACUUUAAAGAACGACAGCUCUUCACGGUCUCACGCGAUCUGCCGGAUUAGAAUUGAAAACAAGGACGAUCCCGAUAGCCCUGAUGGCCUCCUAUUCCUCAUCGAUUUGGCAGGGAGUGAAGCAGCGGCUGAUUCCAGAGACCAUUCUCAAGAGCGCAUGAAAGAAACAAGAGAGAUUAAUUCUUCCCUGUUGACUCUGAAGGACUGCAUUCGAGGGCGGGCUACAUGGAAUAUUAACGAGAAUACGGCUUCAGGCGGUACUAGCUCGAAACAUGUCCAUAUCCCGUACCGCAACAACACGCUCACCAAGGUACUGAAACACGUGUUUGAUGUGAAUAGCCAUCGUUCCUGCAAGACUGCCGUGGUUGCAUGCGUUAGCCCCAGCGCUGCCGAUGCAAAUCAGGGGAAGAGCUCCCUUCGAUAUGCAGAGCUGCUCAGGGUACAGGUACCCAAAUCAAAGGCUGCUGCGUUCGAUCCGGCCGCCCCACGCACCUGGACAAACAAGCAAUUACGGGAGUGGAUUGAGAGUAACUCUGGAUCGCCUCCUGUAGAUCCCUCGCAUGUCGCGCCUACAGAGUCAGGGAUCCAGAUAUGCAAACUGCCCAAAGGCGAAUUUGUAUCCCGGUGCCUGACGACUGAGGGAGUACGGCCCGAGCAGGCCAGAGCAUUCUUUGAUAAGAUAUGGCAGCUCCACGUUGAUUCCCGUUCGUCUACGCCAAAAAACGCCACAAACAGUGACCUCUCGGAGCCCAAGAAACCUACAACCCCAUUCAAAGAACGCCUCCAGCCUGGGAUGUUUGUGCGUGUUACUCCUAAAUCGCCAAGCGACCCGAUUCAUUUUCUUAUGUUGCUUGCUCCCGAAGGUGCUUUUGAUCAGACCACAUCUACCGCCAAGGGCGAUGGCGAUGGGCACGGAUCUGGCUAUAUCUGUGCGGCCGUGGCGCCGUCGAUUAUGUUAGAUGCAUAUGAGUUGUUUGUGGCUCAGCAAAGAGUAGUGAAGGUCGAGGACAUGGAGGCGGAGGUUUUGAUGGAAUAUGAUUCCGCCAUGAGAUAUUAUUUCAUGACCGUAUAA